AUGCAAUGGGCCAUUGACUUGGUGGGACCUAUGCCAACGGCACCUGCCAAUAAAGAGAUGAUGAUCGUUGCCACUGAUUACUUCACCAAAUGGAUCGAGGCCGAGGCUUUAUCUUCUACCAAGGAGGCCGAUAUUGAACAGUUCAUCUGGAAGAACAUUAUUUGCAUAUUCGGUUGCCCGCAAUCGAUAGUCACUGACAAUGGUACACAGUUCGUGAGCAGGCAGAUCACCGCAUUUUUCGCGAAGUAUGGCAUCAAACAGCACCUGUCAACACCUCGAUACCCGCAAUGCAAUGGCCAAGCAGAGGCAUCCAACAAGAUAGUGCUGGAUUGCCUAAAGAAAAGACUGGAAGGCGCAGAAGGAAAAUGGGUCGACGAGCUGCCAGGAGUCCUAUGGGCUUAUCGCACGACCAAAAGGAGAUCGACCGGGGAGACACCAUUUUCCCUGGCCUAUGGGACAGAAGCAAUCAUUCCCCCACACAUUACAGUCCAUUCCAUGAGCAUUGAGGUGGGCAGUCUUUACCAAAACUGCAAGCAGAUGAAAGUCAACCUUGAUCUGCUCGAAGAAGAACGAGAAAAGGCCAUUGUUCGAGUUGCCGCCUACCAGCAGCAGUUGACGUCCUACUACAAUAGGAGGACCAAGGCAAGGGUCAAAGAAGAUGAAACCAAACUGGGAAUGCCCCUACGUGAUCAGCCGAUCUGGGGGCAAAGGAAGUUACACCCUUGA